GAUCGCGAGCAGCAUGUGGACGCUCCGGCGCCGAGCGGCCGCCGGCGUCCUGUCCCGCUCGGCGCUCGGGGGCUCGGCCCAGGCCCGCGCCGGGGCCCAGCGGCCGCCAAAGGACGCCCCGCUCCCCGGCCGCCGGGGCCUGCGCGUCGGGACCGCCGCGGCCUGCGCGCCCGGACGAGCCAGUUCGAGCCUCCACUGCCUCAACCAGCUUCUGAAUGUCAAAAAGCAGACUGUCUGUCUGAUGAAUUUGAGGACAACGGGAACUUUAGGCAACCUGGGCUGUCUAGACGAGACCACCUAUGAAAGACUGGCCGAGGAGACACUGGACUCCUUAGCAGAGUUUUUUGAAGACCUCGCAGACAAACCUUACACAUUUGAAGACUAUGAUGUCUCCUUUGGGAGUGGUGUUUUAACAAUUAAACUGGGCGGAGAUCUGGGAACCUACGUGAUCAACAAGCAGACCCCAAACAAGCAAAUCUGGUUGUCUUCUCCAUCCAGUGGACCCAAGCGUUACGACUGGACUGGAAAAAACUGGGUGUACUCUCACGACGGUGUAUCCCUCCACGAGCUACUGACCACGGAGCUAACUAAGGCCUUAAAAACCAAAGUGGACUUAUCUUCCCUGGCCUAUUCUGGAAAAGGCACCUGAUGCCCAGCCCAAUUCUAAAGACAUUAAAAGCUAUGAAGCCAAGACUCCAGCUUCAUUCUGCAGCUGAGUGUCUAGUGUUUUCCAUUACUGCUUUUGAGGACAAUUGCAUUGUGUGUAACAGCUCUGCGGAAAGAAUGCAUUGCCUUCCACUCUACCCCCAAGUUCAGAUUUUUAAUUUCCGUGGAGUUUUUUUGGAUUUAUUGUCUGAUUUCCUCCCUCACAUGAUAUCCCUUAUCUUUUAUAAUGUCUAUAUACCCAUGCCUUUAUAAAUAACCUUACAACAAAGAAAAAUAAGAAGGGAAAAUUCUAGGAGGAGAAAUGAAUUGAUUUCACUAUCCAUUCUUUGAAGGACUUACUGCAAAACCUACAUGAAGGGCAGUUGGCUGACCUCACCAUUCUGUCUCAAAUGAGACUCAUUAAAGGGCAGCCUAUAAAUGUUCCCCCACCUCUUGAGAAUGUAAACACUUCUAAGCCCUUUAGUAUUGAAGUGCGGAUGGCCACUCGAGAAUUCUCCAGCCGAAGACCAUUCUAUGCUUCGUGUCUGCCAGGGUGUAGCCUGCGAGGGGUGACUCAGGGACGUGUGAUGUCGUUUCUUCCACAUAUGCAUGUAUGUGCACAUACACACAUUUGCAUGUAUGUGUGUAUGUAUAUAUAUGUUUUUUGGGUUUUUUUUAAUUUAAGGGUCAGUAUAGAAUCGGCUGCUGCAACACAGAUCUGAGAAUGCAAAAAAUCUCACCAAGAUAAUAGGGGAAUAAAGCUGUCUCCAUAAGCUCAUGGAUGUAAUAUAAUAAAGUAUUAGAGCUGAGGAAGUGCUUUGUAAAUUGGGAAGGGCCACAUAAAUGAAAGAGAUGUUCAUGUUGAUGACAAGAACCCUGGUCCUACAAUUGG